CAGACAUUAAUGACGAUGAUGAUGAUGAUAACUUUCAAGACUUAUUUGAUGAUGAUACAAGUGACAAAGAAGAAGAGAAUGAACAAGAUUAUAUGCCAAUUAGUAUAAAUAUUGAUGAGAUCAAAAAUAAUUUGCAUAAUGCAAUAAACCACUAUUGGCCCAAUUUAAUAUCACCAAGUUCACUUUUACCUAGUCUUCUAGAUCCCAGAACAGAGGUUAAAUCAACUCCUGCAAAAAAAAAACUAAAAGUAGUAUUCUUUCUAGUUUUAAAAACAUACACCAGUUACAGUUGA